UAAUUUAGUGAUAAAAAAAACUUAAACUCAUACACAUGAAAAAUAAUUUUCGUUGUACAACAUUUCACCAAAAAAUUUUAGGACACUGCUAAAUUCCCAAGUGCACGCAAAAAAAAAAACAAAACGACAAAAAGAAAACAAGAACGGGACAAAAUCCAAUUUUUGAACCAUUAUCACCUUAUAGAAAUAUCUAAAUUAUUGCAAGCGACCCGGCCCCAAAAGAUGUCCUAUCAGAUCAGGUCGACGCCGUAUUUCCGGCGAAUGUUCAACAACAGCAAGAAGAACGGUCAAUUGCAGCGUCUCCGUGAGGAAUAUGAACGCAUUCAGGAGUUCAACGAUCGGACCAUUGAGCUCAAGAUGCGGCAGGUGCGUUUGAAGCGAUUAUUCCGCGAAAUCGAGGACAUCAAAGAGACGGCAAUGACAUCGACAAGCCCUUCAGGCAGUGGCAGUAGCAAUGGCUGCGGCGCAAGUUCCAACUCUUCCACUGGACGCAUUCAAUUGAGAAAUGCGACACGCCGACGCCUCCAGCAUUUGACGGUGGGUGGUCCGAAUCUUGAAAGAAAAAAGUACAAUCAACGGCUAGAGGCAUUGGCACGUGCCAAGGAGCUGGGUCAGGAGAUAUCGCGACGCAAUGCCGAGCUAGCCGAGACCGGAGCAGGUAGUUUCUUGCGCACGGAACUUCGAAUGACGGCUAAGAUGCAGGCGGUGGCCGAUGCUCGGCGAGAAGUUGUCGAGCGGCGCGAAAGAGCAGCCAAAAGGAUUAGCUAUGGCAAUGCCCAGUCCAAGCAUAAUAUUCAGCGUCAGGUUCUGCGACGUCAAAGGCGUUUGACCGGUGGCCUCUUUUCGGAGGGAUUGGGAGGGAAUUCCGCUGUUGUAGAGCAAGGGGACAGAGCAUCGUCGAGUAGCCAAAUGGCUGUGCCUUCUAUUAACUCAUCCUGUACUCAACAGCAACGGGCUAAGCUGCUGAGGCGUCUGAACUAUGGAAAUUUGAACAGCUUGCAUGGAGUUCAGCCGUUGUCCCAUAGUAUGCCCACGAGCCCCAUAAUAGUUUCCGACUCCGAGGGGGAGCAGGACUUGCGCCAAAUGAGUCGGCGGGCCAGCUCUACCCCAAUGGAAUACCAUAAAUUGACUAUCCCAAAUUUGGCAAUACUGGAUGAUGGUUCUGACACAGAGAUGCAUACAGCCCCAUUGGCUCCAAGCACAGAGUGUACUGAGACUGCCAGCAACCAGGACUCCCGGGCCCUAUGUUGCACGGAACCUCGCGUUUUGCGUCGACAGGAAGAAAAUAGCUUCGUGUCCAAUAUGAAUGAGGAUGGCAUCCAUUUGUCCACCACAAUAGCUGCUUAUCAACCACCACUGGCUGUUCCACCGCGUACUGAUCACGAGGAUUGUGUGGGUAUGACUCAACCACGGCCCACGAGUAGUCGAGCCUCUGCCCUCUGGCGGCAAAUCUCUUUAAACCUCUCCACGUUAGCACGCUUUCAGAAUCAUCGCAGUGUUUCGUGCAAUGGCCUAUCAGACACAAUAACUGCGUCUCAGCCUGCUAGGCGCAUGGGAAUCAUUGGACCAAAUCCAGUAGGAUUUAGUACCAGCAGUUACGAAGACUUCAGUCAUGAUAACGUCUUCUGGCAAGCAGAUAGCCCCCAGCGCGCCCAUCGAGAGUUUAUUCUGCCCUCCGAGCAGAGACCCACCGAGCAGACAGACCAGAGCUAUAGCCAAAUGCCGCAGGGCUACGAUCUGGCCCAGCUGCGUCGAGCCGUAUUCGAUCAGUGAAAAUCCGAUAAAUCCGCUCACUAAUCAGGAAUACAUUGCCACAUAUAUAUGUCGAUGUCCCCCCCCUUUCCCUCCCAGCAAGCUGUCGCUAUGGGUGGGUGGUUGUAGGUGGCUACAAUUUUCCUUUUUUGCAAAUCCUCCCCCACCCCAAGGAAAAGAGCAAAAAAUUUCUAUUGUAACUGCAGCCCAGCCCCCACGAUAGAAUAGAUACCAGACGACGACCUUAAUCGAGAGAGAUUGAUUGAAACAGCAGUCCAAGACCGGGUUGUUAAAUGAAAUAACCAUAAAAAUUAUACAUGUCAAAAUAAAAUAAAAGUUUUCAUUUAGCUCUAGAUUAUA